UAGAUUCAUUAGAAGGAAGGUACACAAGCACGCAACAAAACGGGCAGAGUCAUGGCUGCUGCGGCUUUUACAGCACAACAAGCCAUUCAAGCAGGGGCUUGGGGAAGCCAACCUCCCUCUGAGAAUGGAACAGGAAAUAGUACAGUCUUCCAGAAUCCUGAAUGGGAAAAGGCAAGAAAGGCUUUAGAAAAAGUUCAAGGAGAAAGCGGAUCAAGCACAUCUCCAAAUAAGUCUAAAAGUUCUACUGAACAAUCGAAUGAUAUUAGUCAGAAUACACCUGCACAGAUGUAUUACCAGCAAUACAAUAUGUACUACCAACAACCACAGUAUUAUCCUGGGACAAACUAUCCUGUUUAUGGCCAACAAGAACCAGGUCCAAGAAUGCAUGGAAAUUUCAACGGAUAUGGUGCUCCACCUCCUCCACCACCACCAGAGGACAAUCAAAGUUCAAUGCCAAAUACCAUGGAUAUUGAUGAAAGACCACUACGUAAUAAUAAUCAAAGUCAAAACCAACAUGUACAGCCACAAUUCCGUCCUAGGCAAAUUCCAAAUCAUGGGCCUCGCGGACCAAGAUUUCAGAACAGGCCAAGACAUCCAGGUGGUGUGCAAGGCAUAAGAUUUCAGAUCCCAAAAAGACAACAAGGAGGAAACAAUUAUCAACAACAAAACUUAAAUGUCAGACAUUUUCCUCCUCGUGGCCCUCGACCAGGCAAGCCACAGGAUCAAAGAUACAAGGCUGAAAACCAAGAAAAUACAUCUAAUGAACAACAAAUGCAACAACCAUCAAAUAGUCCCUCAGAAAAUGGAGUCAGUGACAGUGGGGAUGCCAAUAUUGCAGCAGGUCCUAACCAGGAGUGGCCCCCAGCUCUCAGACAAUAUGUCCAAAGGGCAUUUGCUAGUGCUAAAGAUGAAAGCCAAAAGGAUGCUAUAGAAACGUUUCUGAAAGACAGUCUUACAAACUAUUUCAAGUCAGGUGCUGUUUUCACUAUUGAUUGGACAAAGGAACCUCUCCCUACAGAACGUUUACAACAUAUGCCACAGCACACUCCAGGCAAACAACAGGGUCCAAGUAACAGUAACAUCACAAAAAAUAGCCCCUGGCAGCCCAAUAGCAACCGUGGGCGCGGGCGUGGGCGAGGACGUGGACGUGGUGCUCAGUUGUCAUCCGGCAAGACCCAACCAACAGGAAGGAGUGUUUACAACCGAGACAGAGUGCCCACAUACAGGUCAAGAUCCUACUCUACUUCAAGCUCAAGCUCCUCUAGAUCACGCUCAAGGUCACCUGUACACCGCAGAAGACGUUCAAGGUCACGAUCGUCAUCUCCUCGGAGGAGGCGCCAGAGACACUCCAGUUCAGACAGCAACUCUAGUUACUCUGAUGGUCCAUACCACCUACCAAAAGACCACAGGAAAAACAGCUUCCGGAGUCAAGGACGAGGUGGCAGGAAAUACAGUAUUGAUGUGCGUGGCAAGAACAAGGGAUCCAGCAGUAAAAAGCCCAGUAGUGAGGUGGCAUUCAACAAAAAGAACAACAAAAAACGACCCAAAACCCAGUUUCCAGUGGAUGAUGAUCCUGAUAAGGAAGCAAAGCUACUCAAGAGAGCAGCUAGAUUUGAACAUCACUUAGGAAAUGAGGCAAAAAAGCAAAAGCAAAACCGAACAUUAUCUAUAAAUACAUACACAAACUCGGAUGAAGAGGAUCUAGAUCUCGCCAGUUUUGAUGUGGUUGGAAUUUGUCAAGACAUAGAAAAACCAUAUCUUAGACUCACAACUGCACCAGAUGCUAGUCAAAUCCGCCCACUGGAAAUUUUGAGGAAAUCUUUAGAGCAUGUGAAGGAAUGCUGGAAGAAAAAGAAUAAAUAUCAUUUUGUAUGUGAACAGUUCAAAUCUAUACGGCAGGAUCUUACAGUGCAGGGUAUCCGGACCAGCUUUACAGUGGAGGUGUACGAGACACAUGCCCGUGUCGCACUAGAGAAGGGAGAUCAUGAAGAGUUCAACCAAUGCCAGACCCAGUUAAAGCUGCUCUACCAGGAAGGUUUACACGGAAACCAGCUGGAGUUCCUUGCCUAUAGGAUUCUUUACUAUAUCUUCACAUCUAACACGCUCGAUAUGACAACUGCCUUGGCAUCUCUUACUUCAACUUGCAGGCAAGAUGAGUGUGUGUCGUUUGCAUUAAAAGUUAGGUCUGCUUGGGCCUUGAAUAAUUUUCACAAAUUUUUCAAAUUGUACAGUCAUGCGCCAAGAAUGUCUGGCUAUUUGUUGGACUGGUUUGUUGACAGAGCAAGGAAAACGGCACUGAAGACAAUUGUGAAGUCAUAUCGCCCAAUGCUGCCCGUAGAUUACGUCCAGGCUGAAUUAGGCUUCCAAAAUGUGGAGGAUUGUAUAGUAUUCUUGAAGGAAAAGGGAGCGAUCUUGACUCCUGAUGGAACCAAAGUGGACUGUAAAACGUGUGCAACAAUAAUUCAGGCUUUGUAGAUUGACUUGAUAAGUAAAAGGCAGGUCCUUUUCGUAUUCCGGGAAGAGGGUUUAUCAUAGGUAUCAAUUCUAGUCAAAAUAUCAAACCAGAAAUCCAAGGCAAAGACUUUCAUAGUAUAUCGUGUGCCAGCACCCUGUCAAUGUUGAUAAAUGAUCCAAAUAAUUCUGUAUGGAAAUUACACGCGUGGAAGAAGUAUCCAGGAUGAAGUCUAUAAAUUUGUAUUUCAUGUGAGGAGAAUCCGUAUUCCAGACUUGAGUAAGAAAUUAAUGAAUUUCCUUUUUGAUAUGGAGCUGUAUCGUGUCGUGAUGCUGGAAUCAAAGUAAAAUCAGAAUUGAUCACACCAGUUUAUCAAAUAUCAGAGACAACACAAAUUUCAUGGACUUCAGGAUUUUCAUCUUGUUCAAAUCAAAUCUUGAGUUUUUAAUUGUAAUUAUUUUCAUCAUUUAUAGCGCUCGCGCAACAGCAAUGAGGUUUCCAAAAAGUAUGUUUUACACCCUUAAUCGUGCUAGAAGACGCUGCUAUAAAAACUGUAAACCGUGCCUUAUGUAAUCCUGGGAGUUAUUUUCACCAGAGAAAUUGGUAAUGCACCUGUUAUGAUGAGGAUUUUAUCAAGAUGAAGCCUCCUAUUUGCUUUAGUCAAAAGUUUUGAUUAAUAACCAGCAGCAUAAUGGCAUUACCCAGAUCCUGGAAGUGGAAGGUGAGAGAUACCCACGUCUACAGAUGGUCAGAUCUAUCUUCCAUGCGUUAGUUAGCUUGGGAGGUAGAUGUGACUAGUCCAAUAGCUAUUGGCCAGCAGUCUUUACCGUGAUGUCGCACCAUUCCUUCCUGUCCCAUGAAUCUCGCCAGUCUUGGUCAUGUUUGUGUGUAUUUGUAUGUUGCUGUUUUUGUAUUAAUGCUCAUGAACAUUUUCUUACCCAAGGAUCAGGUUUUCAUAGAUCAGCUUUCUCCCAUUCUCAUUGAUGCCAAGAAGCAGUCAUUUUGUCAUCAUAAACAAUUGGUUCUGUAAAGGCAAUGAAAGAGAUGUCUGCUCAGUAUCUGAAUUACAUCAUCCUUCAUAUGACAAUACUAAGUGAAUAAAUGUGUGGAAAUGGAGCAAGUGUAAGAAAUUCUCAACUGCUAAGACUUGUAUGCUGAACUUAUUGUUGAGGAUUCCUGAGGAACACUUCUGAGAACAUGCUCUACAAUGCUGUGCAGUUGAACUUUAAAACUCUUGAAAAAUUUCUUUUUCAGAUGAAGAUUAUUUAUGUACAUGAGUGUUUCAAAUUUGGACAACUUUCUCUUUAUUUUCAGCCCGGGAAGAAAUUAAUUGCUGUUCUGUGAAGGAAAAAAACGAACUUGUUUUCCAUAAUGAACAUGGCUAUGUUUUGAAGUACAAGAGAGAGUAGUAAUUACACUGUCUUUAUUUCAGAGAGUUUUAGUGCUUGAUCGAUGUGUGUGUGUGAGAGGAAUGUGCAUAUGUAGAGAAGUUCUUUAUCUGUGAUAAUGUGUAAGUCAUGUUUGGAGAGGUAAAAGUGGUAUAUACAUUUUGUUAAAUGUGUUUCUAUUUCAGAUUGAAUGUCCACACAUUGAAGGUUCGUUAUAUAUAUAUACAAAUGUUUAUAUUGUCUAAUGUCAUGUGUAUAUUGCAAAUUUUUAAAAAGAAAAUCAUGAAAAGAAUCGAUGAAAAAAGGAACGAUGUCACUUUCGAAAAGUGAGAGAAUGAAGAAGUUAAAAAAUAAAACCUAUUCCCAA